GAAAUUUGCCUAUUAAGAUAAGUACCAAUUUCGUGUACGAAUCAAACACCUCACUUUGUAUCCUUCUCAAUAUAAUUAAAACCCUCUUAAUCUUAAUUCAUAUCCCUUUUAUUUCAUUGUUUCGAACGCGUCCCAAAUUAUACAGAGUCAACCUCUCAAGCUGCAAUUACUCUGUGUUGUUGCGUCUUUAUUGGAGAUAUAAAAAUCGAAUCUUGCGAUGGCCAAGAGUUCUUUCAAACUAGAGCACCCUUUGGAGAAAAGACAGGCAGAGUCUGGUCGCAUCAGAGAGAAAUACCCGGAUAGAAUACCAGUCAUUGUGGAGAAGGCAGGAAGGAGUGAUGUUCCUGACAUUGAUAAAAAGAAAUAUCUGGUUCCUGCUGAUCUGACCGUGGGACAGUUUGUUUAUGUGGUUCGCAAGAGGAUCAAACUGAGUGCUGAGAAAGCUAUCUUCAUCUUUGUCAACGAUGUACUGCCUCCAACUGCUUCAUUGUUGUCUGCAAUCUAUGACGAAUACAAGGAUGAAGAUGGGUUUCUCUACAUGACUUAUAGCGGCGAGAACACAUUUGGCUUUUACAAAGGGCAGUGAACCUGUGACAAUCUAUUUCUUUAGUUAGCAUUACAAUUGUACAUUUCUCUCCGGUUCAUUACUUAUGCCUGCUACCUUCCGUGAGAAACUUACCUACACAAUACCUUGGCCAAUAAAUCUCUGUUCAUAUCAUCAUUAUUAUGCGAAUUUAAACGAGCCAUUUUAUCUUGAA